AUGGACACGAAGAUGAAUGGAGGCGGCAUCCCCUGGUUGGAUCAACCGGUGAUGCUUCACUCAUCCCGGGCAGAUAAGUGCAAGUUAUCGCCCGCGCAGUGUGCCUAUCGUAGCGGCCAUUGGCGCUACUGGUACGAGGCUGACCAUGUGUAUGCGCUUGCUACGGUUUACUUUUGCUGUGCUGUGAUCGGUGUAUUCGCUCUGUCCAAUUUCCUUGUUAGAUACUCUCCGGAAUGGGUCAAGAGAACCCGAGUAUGGCGUGCGACUACUUCGGUAUCCCGAUACCUGGCUUAUCGUGGAUAUGGACUCCCGAUGAUGCGAUACUGGUCCCCUUCCUUGGGAGUGUUGUUGUUGGGUAUUGCGGGGAUGGGCUUCUUCCUCGGAAUGACUCUUGGUCCGCAACCCUAUUAUUGGCCAACAGAUGCUAGUUAUGGAGGUAGUCCUCCCAUUGCUACACGAGCAGGGUGGAUGGCUCUCGCACUGCUACCAUUUGUGCUUGCUUUGAGUGUCAAGGCAAACAUGAUAUCUGCACUGACUGGUAUUCCCCAUGAGAAGUUGCAAGUCUUCCAUCACUGGACCAGUUACGCCAUGUUUGCCCUAGCGCUUGUCCACACAUUCCCAUUCAUCAUUUACAACCAGCGGAAAGGUGACUUGGUAAAACAGUGGAAGACCAGUGUGGCAUACUGGACUGGAGUUGUCACUAUCAUUGCACAGGCUUAUCUGACCCUGAUGUCCCUGCCAUUUAUCCGGAAUCGAUUCUAUGAGUUCUUCAAAGCUACACAUAUGCUCGCCGCUGUUGUUUUUGUCGUAUUCUUCUUCCUCCACUGCGAUUUCCGUCUUUCUUCAUGGGACUACUUCAUUGCUACGGGUGCCAUUUAUCUGCUGUGCCUAUUGACCUCACAGGUCCGCACUUACCUGAUCAACGGCCUCCACACAGCGACCCUCGAGGUCCUCCCCAGUGGUCUUAUCCGCGUUGCAGUCCCAACAGUCAUGAACUGGACACCGGGUCAGCAUGUCUUUGUGCGAUUCUUGACUUCUGACUUGCACUUGUUCACCGCUCACCCGUUCACCAUUUCAUCUGUCUGUCGAAGCCCUAACGAGACCGGGAAAGCUUCUGAAAUCAUCUUCUAUAUCAAGCCACGCAAAGGUGUGACUGCCCGACUAGCAGCCAUCGCUGCGAAGAGCCCCGGCUGCUCAAAGAAGAUAUUAAUCGAGGGACCCUACGGAGGCGUCAGCGCAAACCAUAUGGCUCGGUUUGACACCCUUCUCGUAAUCGCCGGUGGAUCAGGAGGUGGAUUCUCCCUCGCAAUGGUCGACGAAGCGCUACGACUCUCUGCACUGGAAUCAAAAAAUAACAACUCCGAACACGAAGGUCGGCGUAACUUACAGGUCGUAUUCUCAACUCGUGACACCGCCAUGGCAGACUGGUAUGCCGCAGAGAUCGAAUCCCGACUCUCCCAUUCUACAACUCUCUCCUCGGACCCGGAUAACGGGUUCGAGACGGCUGUUUCCGUGCAUAUCACAUCCCGUGUUAACUCGGCUUCUUCUUCGCCAUCGAUUGGCUUUGAGAAAGACGCUGAUAAGUUGACACCAACGGAAAUUACCACAACAGGAUCAUUUAGUCUCAAUGUCCACCGCAAUGCCCGCCCAGACAUCCCUGGUCUCGUUGCACGUACCGUGGCUAUGGGGAACACCCAGGGCCAGCACAUCGGGAAAAAGCAGCGGAUCGGAGUUCUGGUUUGUGGACCUGCUUCUAUGCUCCAUGAUACACGCAACGCAGCAGCUUUGGCUCAGACCCGAGCUCUAGGAGGUGAGGUCGAGGAGUUGUACCUGCACUCCGAGCCUUUUGCGUGGUGA